CGAGUCCCCUGCGGGCGUCAUCGCAAGCAGCAGACGCAGCAUCGAGUAAGUCGGCGAGCGAGGAUGACCAAGUGGUUGGCACGCGGAUGACGAUCAACGGCCGCUCUUUCACCUUCAACGCUCUCCGCUGUGCCGCCAUUCCAGCCGGCAAGACGAGGAGAGUGCAGGUGUCGUGGCAGAAGGAAGGCGAGGCGGGUUGCACGGCGAUUCAGUUCUUCCAGAGCUCCAAGUGCACGGGGAAGGCGGUGGACACUGUCGCGCAAGGCAAGCAGAGGUCCAAGCCCCUCCGCAAGGCAGUCAAGUCCGCCCGCUGCAUCACUGGCGCCACCAGCAGCAGAACUCCUGUCAGCAACACCAAAGCUGCUGACAGCAACACCAAAGCUGCUGACAGCAACACCAAAGCUGCUGACAGCAACACCAAAGCUGCUGACAGCAACACCAAAGCUGCUGACAGCAACACCAAAGCUGCUGACAGCAACACCAACGCUGCUGACAGCAACACCAACGCUGCUGACAGCAACACCAACGCUGCUGACAGCAACACCAACGCUGCUGACAGCAACACCAACGCUGCUGACGGCAACACCAAAGCUGCUGACAGCAACACCAAAGCUGCUGACAGCAACACCAACGCUGCUGAGGGCAACACCAAAGCUGCUGACAGCAACACCAAAGCUGCUGACGGCAACGCCAACGCUGCUGACGGCAACACCAAAGCUACUGACGGCAAUACCAACGCUGCUGACAGCAACACCAAAGCUCCUGGCAGCAAAAUCAAAGCUCCUUCUGAAUACCCCGACGCAGAGAGUUCAAGCACCGGCGUGUGUGGCUACGACAGAGUCAACGGGUGCUUGGUGGGCACGUGCAUCGACCGUGGCACCGAGGACAGGACCUGCGUCUGUCUGCCCAACCACCGCUCUCAUGGCCGCUACUGUGAUCAGGAUUGGGAACCCAUUUCGUCCAUCACUGUCCAAGGCAGCGACUGGAGGUGCAAGGAUGUAUACAGCAUGUAUGGCCUCACGCUGGAGCAGUUCACCGAUAUGAACCCGGGUAUCGACUGCUCUUCUCUCCUUCCUCAGGGUCGCGAGCUAGUGGUGAAAGAGCUUCUGCCAGCUUGCUCUGCCUUCUACUACACCCAGCCUGAAGACACAUGCUCGUCCGUGGCUCAGUUUCUCGACAUCACCGAGGAAAGCCUGCAGCAGCUCAACCCCGGUGUUAACUGCUCCUCUCGCCUCCUUGCGUUCCGCUCUCUCUGUGUGGAGCGCAACCCAGCCAAGGGCAGGCCGACCUGUGAGAAUGUGAUACAGAUCGGCCGAGUGGUGGACUUCAAGCAGGUGGCGGCAUCCCAUGGAGCCACCAUGGUGGACCUCUGCAGGCUCAACCCCUGGAUCUCCUUCCGCGAUUCCCAGCGCGACAUUGAUGGUCUUUGUGUGGCUGCCCGAUACGCUACACCUCCUCCCAGCGACGACACCACACCUCCUCCCAGCGACGACACCACACCACCUCCCAGCGACGACACCACACCACCUCCCAGCGACGACACCACACCUCCUCCCAGCGACGACACCACACCACCUCCCAGCGACGACACCACACCUCCUCCCAGCGACGACACCACACCACCUCCCAGCGACGACACCACACCUCCUCCCAGCGACGACACCACACCACCUCCCAGCGACGACACCACACCUCCUCCCAGCGACGACACCACACCACCUCCCAGCGACGACACCACACCACCUGCCAGCGACGACACCACACCUCCUCCCAGCGACGACACCACACCACCUCCCAGCGACGACACCACACCUCCUCCCAGCGACGACACCACAUCACCUCCUUCUGAGUACCCCGACGAAGAGAGUUCAAGCACCGGCGUGUGUGGCUACGACAGAGUCAACGGGUGCUUGGUGGGCACGUGCAUCGACCGUGGCACCGAGGACAGGACCUGCGUCUGUCUGCCCAACCACCGCUCUCAUGGCCGCUACUGUGAUCAGGAUUGGGAACCCAUUUCGUCCAUCACUGUCCAAGGCAGCGACUGGAGGUGCAAGGAUGUAUACAGCAUGUAUGGCCUCACGCUGGAGCAGUUCACCGAUAUGAACCCGGGUAUCGACUGCUCUUCUCUCCUUCCUCAGGGUCGCGAGCUAGUGGUGAAAGAGCUUCUGCCAGCUUGCUCUGCCUUCUACUACACCCAGCCUGAAGACACAUGCUCGUCCGUGGCUCAGUUUCUCGACAUCACCGAGGAAAGCCUGCAGCAGCUCAACCCCGGUGUUAACUGCUCCUCUCGCCUCCUUGCGUUCCGCUCUCUCUGUGUGGAGCGCAACCCAGCCAAGGGCAGGCCGACCUGUGAGAAUGUGAUACAGAUCGGCCGAGUGGUGGACUUCAAGCAGGUGGCGGCAUCCCAUGGAGCCACCAUGGUGGACCUCUGCAGGCUCAACCCCUGGAUCUCCUUCCGCGAUUCCCAGCGCGACAUUGAUGGUCUUUGUGUGGCUGCCCGAUACGCUACACCUCCUCCCAGCGACGACACCACACCUCCUCCCAGCGACGACACCACACCUCCUUCUGAGUACCCCGACGAAGAGAGUUCAAGCACCGGCGUGUGUGGCUACGACAGAGUCAACGGGUGCUUGGUGGGCACGUGCAUCGACCGCGGCACCGAGGACAGGACCUGCGUCUGUCUGCCCAACCACCGCUCUCAUGGCCGCUACUGUGAUCAGGGUUGGGAGCCCAUUUCGUCCAUCACAGUCGCGGGCAGCACCUGGAGGUGCAAGGACGUGUACAGCAUGUAUGGCCUCACGCUGCAGCAGUUCACCGCCAUGAACAAGGGUAUCAACUGCUCUGCUCUCCUUCCUCAGGGUCACGAGCUCGUGGUGAAAGAGCUUCUGCCAGCCUGCUCUGCCUUCUACUACACCCAGCCAGCCGACACAUGCUCGUCCGUGGCUCAGUUUCUCAGCAUCACCGAGGAAAGCCUGCAGCAGCUCAACCCCGGUGUUAGCUGCUCCUCUCGCCUCCUUGCGUUCCGCGCUCUCUGUGUGGAGCGCAACCCAGCCAAGACCAAGCCGAGAUGUGUGAAGGAGAUACGGAUCGGCCGAGUGGUGGACUUCAAGCAGGUGGCGGCAUCCAAUGGAGCCACCAUGGUGGACCUCUGCAGGCUCAACCCCUGGAUCUCCUUCCGCGAUUCCCUGCGCAACAUUGAUGGUCCCCAGUUUGGAGCCAUGGUGUCAGUACGCUGA